AUGGCUUUGCUGUGUGGCCUUGGGCAAGUCACUCUCCGUCUCUGGGCCCCACUUCCUCCCCUGUCCGAAAAGAAGAUCAGGUUCCUAGCUACCGGGGCAUUCCUGAGGAGCGGCGGCAUGGAGGCUCUCACCACUCAGCUGGGGCCGGGGCGCGAGGGCAACUCCUCGCCCAACUCCAAGCAGGAGCUGCAGCCCUACUCGGGCUCCAGCGCUCUCAAACCCAACCAGGUGGGCGAGACGUCGCUGUACGGGGUGCCUAUCGUGUCUCUGGUCAUCGACAGUCAGGAGCGCCUAUGCCUGGCGCAGAUCUCCAACACCCUCCUCAAGAACUACAGCUACAAUGAGAUCCACAACCGCCGCGUGGCCCUGGGCAUCACAUGCGUGCAGUGCACACCGGUGCAACUGGAGAUUCUGCGUCGGGCCGGGGCCAUGCCCAUCUCGUCGCGCCGCUGCGGCAUGAUCACCAAGCGCGAGGCCGAACGCCUUUGCAAGUCGUUCCUGGGCGAGCACAAGCCACCCAAGCUGCCCGAGAACUUCGCCUUCGAUGUGGUGCACGAGUGCGCCUGGGGCUCGCGUGGCAGCUUCAUCCCCGCGCGUUACAACAGCUCGCGUGCCAAGUGUAUCAAGUGCGGUUACUGCAGCAUGUACUUCUCGCCUAACAAGUUCAUCUUCCACUCGCACCGCACACCCGACGCCAAGUACACGCAGCCCGACGCAGCCAACUUUAACUCGUGGCGCCGACACCUCAAACUCAGUGACAAGUCGGCCACAGACGAACUGAGCCACGCUUGGGAGGACGUCAAGGCCAUGUUCAAUGGUGGCACUCGCAAGCGGACUUUCUCGCUGCAAGGAGGCGGCGGCGCUAAUGGCGGGUCGGGUGGGCAGGGGAAGGGUGGUGCUGGUGGUGGCGGCGGGGGCGGCCCGGGGUGCGGCGCGGAGAUGGCCCCAGGCCCGCCGCCCCACAAAAGCCUGCGUUGUGGCGAAGAGGAGGCCGCCGGGCCUCCCGGGCCGCCUCCUCCUCACGCGCAGCGGGGACUUGGUCUGGCGGCGGGAGCUGGCGGCCCCCCGGGCCCUGGAGGACCUGGUGGCGGCGCCGGCGUACGCAGCUACCCGGUGAUCCCAGUGCCCAGCAAGGGCUUUGGCCUCUUGCAGAAGCUGCCCCCGCCGCUUUUCCCUCAUCCCUACGGUUUUCCCACGGCCUUCGGCCUCUGCCCCAAAAAGGACGACCCCGUGCUAGGCGCGGGCGAACCCAAGGGCGGCCCAGGCACCGGGAGCGGCGGGGGCGCGGGCACUGGCGCAGGCGCGGGCGGCCCAGGAACCGGCCACUUGCCCCCCGGUGCGGGGGCUGGCCCGGGCGGCGGAGCCAUGUUCUGGGGUCACCAGCCCCCAGGAGCAGCCAAGGACGCAGCGGCCGUGGCUGCGGCGGCUGCCGCAGCUACUGUGUACCCGACGUUUCCCAUGUUCUGGCCGGCGGCAGGCAGUCUCCCAGUGCCACCCUAUCCAGCCGCGCAAAGCCAAGCCAAAGCCGUGGCGGCGGCUGUAGCGGCGGCAGCGGCGGCGGCUGCGGCUGCUGCCGGUGGCGGCGGCCCCGAGCCCCUGGACGGUGCUGAGCCGACCAAGGAGGGUGGCCUGGUCGCAGAGGAGCGCUGCCCCAGCGCGCUGUCCCGCGGGCCUCUGGACGAGGAGGGCGCCGACGAGGCGCUGCCGCCCCCGCUGGCCCCGCUGCCCCCGCCGCCCGCACGCAAAGGCUCCUACGUGUCGGCCUUCCGGCCUGUGGUCAAAGACGCGGAGAGCAUCGCCAAGCUCUACGGUAGCGCCCGCGACGUGUACGGCGGCGGGCCAGCCCGUGGGCCCGGGCCAGGCGCAGGGUCCGGCGGCGGCUACGUGAGCCCGGACUUUCUGAGCGAGGGCAGCUCCAGCUACCACUCCGCCUCCCCCGACGUGGACACUGCGGACGAGCCCGAGGUGGACGUGGAGUCCAACCGCUUCCCCGACGACGAGGGAGCCCCGGACGAGGCCGAGCCCGGUGCACCCGGCGCGCCCAGCACAGGAGACGGCCCUGAUGGCGACCAGCAGGCAGGGCCCCUGUCUACCACCUCAUCGGGCGCCGACGGCCCCACAGACUCUCCCGACGGCGGCAGCCCUCGUCCCCGGCGCCCCCCGGGUCUACCCCCAGCCAGUCGGUCUGCAUUUGGGGACCUGGCAGCCGACGACAUGGUGCGGAGACCGGAGAGGAGCCCGCCAAGUGGGGGCUAUGAGCUGCGAGAGUCUUGCGGACCGCUCGGGGGGCCCGCGGCGGCCAAGGUGUACGCGCCCGAGCUGGAGGAGCACGUGAAGAGCGCGGCGGCGGCGCUGGGGCCCGCGGCCUCCUACCUCUGCACCCCCGAGGCCCACGAGCCAGAUAAGGAAGACAAUCACUCGACUGCCGACGAUUUGGAAACAAGGAAAUCCUAUCCAGACCAAAGGAGUAUCUCCCAGCCGAGUCCCGCAAAUACAGACAGAGGUGAAGAUGGGCUCACCCUAGAUGUCACGGGAACUCAACUAGUGGAGAAGGAUAUCGAGAACCUGGCCAGAGACGAAUUGCAAAAACUGCUCCUGGAGCAAAUGGAGCUCCGCAAGAAGCUGGAGCGAGAAUUUCAGAGUCUCAAAGAUAAUUUUCAGGAUCAAAUGAAGAGGGAGUUGGCUUAUCGAGAAGAAAUGGUGCAACAGCUGCAAAUUGUCAGAGAUACUCUGUGUAACGAACUUGACCAAGAGAGGAAGGCGCGCUAUGCCAUCCAGCAGAAAUUAAAAGAAGCUCACGACGCCCUGCACCACUUCUCCUGCAAGAUGCUGACGCCCCGGCACUGCACUGGCAACUGCUCCUUCAAGCCCCCGCUGUUGCCCUAG